CUGAUGAAGAGGAGGAGAGGGAGGAUGCUGAGAGAAAGAGAGAGAAAGAGAGAGAGACUGCUGCCUCUCCAGACAGCAGGAUGAAGUGAACAGUCUGCGCGUUGUUCGCUGCUCUGGACGGUUCUGGGAUGCAUUUUGGAUGAACAGGGGAGUGGGGGCAGCAGGGACCCCCACCAGCAUCAACGACCGCCACGAACUGAGCCUGACAUGAAUGAUAAGUGAACAAAAAGAAAAAAAAGGGGGGAAAAAAAGAACCUCACUGAAAAGGGACUCGACAGUGUCGGAAUUUGAGGGGCUUCAAGCUUUGCUCAACGACAUGUUUUUUGGACAAUUUGUUUCUUUUUUCUUCUCUUGAACCUACCUAAGUAGAAUUUAAUGCGCUCACAUCAAAGAGAAAGGCACGAAGAUUCCUUUGAAGUGGUUUAAUUUACCGCCGCCUCAGUUUGAGUGAGGAGUUUUUGGGUGUGUUUCUUUUUUUUGGUUGUUUGUUUGUUUUUCUUUUGUCAAAACAAACUUCUCCCACCAUGGCACUGAUUAUGGAGCCUGUGAGCAAGUGGAGCCCGGGUCAAGUGGUUGACUGGAUGAAAGGCCUGGACGACUGCCUGCAGCAGUACAUCAAGACCUUUGAGAAGGAGAACGUAGGGGGGGACCAGCUGCUACGCAUCACCCACCAGGAGCUGGAGGACCUGGGAGUGUCCAGAAUCGGCCACCAGGAACUCAUACUGGAAGCCGUGGAUUUACUCUGUGCACUGAAUUACGGUCUGGAGACUGAGAAUCUGAAGACGCUGUCUCAUAAGCUCGGCGCGUCCGCGAAGAACCUGCAGAACUUCAUCACGGGCCGCCGGCGCAGCGGUCAGUACGACGGCCGAGCCACUCGAAAGCUGCCCAAUGACUUCCUCACCUCCGUGGUGGACCUCAUCGCUGCUGCCAAGAGCCUCCUUGCGUGGCUCGACAG